AACCCAUUCAGAACUUGAAGAAGAACAAGAACAAGAACCGUUUGGGGCGCACUCAGUUUUCGAAACCCUAUAUAAACUCUUUCUUCUUCCUCCUCCUUCUCCUGAGGGACAACAUGGCUGAUUCUCACCCCAUUGCCAAUGACUCACCGAAGAUUUCAUCGCUCGCAACCGGAGGAGAUGCACCUAAUGAUGCUGGAAAUGGUGUCAAGGUGAGUUCUAAGGACCAAAGGGAGGCUCUGCCUGAUGAGCCCAAGUGUGUUAUAUGUGGCCGCUAUGGUGAGUAUAUCUGUGAUCAAACUGAUGAUGAUGUUUGCAGCAUGGAAUGCAAACAAUCAAUACUGAGCAGAAUUGCCAAAUCCUCGUCUUCUGUUGGAGGUCCUCCCUUACCCGUAAAGCUACCUGCAGCUGAUGAGUGCUUUUAUGUUAGAGAUACUGAUUUCAAAUCAGGAGCUUCAUCUUCAGGUGGUAAUCGGGCUGAAUUGCUAAGAAAGAAACUUGACAUUCGUGUGAACCGUGAUGUUGCGGAGCCGGUUUCGACAUUCGCUUCCUGUAACCUCCAUGAAAAGCUUCUCCACAAUAUGGAAGCAGCAGGAUAUGACAAGCCUACCCCUGUCCAAAUGCAAGCAAUCCCUAUUGCUUUGAAGGGGACAAACUUGCUUGUUUUAGCUGAUACAGGAUCAGGAAAGACUGAUUCCUUUCUUAUUCCAAUAGUUUCUGAAUGUGGGAUUCAACGUCUGCUGUAUGAUCCAAAUAAGAAGAAGCCUUUAGCUAUAGUGUUAUCACCUACCAGAGAGCUCUGUAUACAGAUUGAAGAGCAUGCUAAAGCGAUGGGAAAGAGUUUACCUUUCAAAACUGCCCUUGUGGUAGGCGGUGAUGCAAUGCCUGGACAAGUCCACCGCAUUCAACAAGGUGUUGAGUUGAUUGUGGCAACCCCAGGAAGGCUUAUUGAUCUUUUAACGAAGCAUGAGAUUGACUUAGAUGAUGUGAAGACUUUAGUUGUGGAUGAGGUGGACUGCAUGCUGCAAAGGGGUUUUCGAGACCAGGUCUUGCAGAUAUAUCAAGCUUUGUCACAACCUCAGGUCUUGAUGUUUACUGCAACAAUAACUAGUGACAUAGAAAAAAUGGCAAACUCUCUGGCAAAAGACAUUGCGGUUGUAACUGUUGGGAAUCCUAAUUGUCCAAAUAAGGCGGUCAAGCAGAUAGCUAUCUGGGUUGAUUCAAAACAAAAGAAGUCGAAGCUGUUUGAGAUCAUGCGAAGUGAACAACAUUUUAAGCCACCUGUUGUCAUAUAUGUCGGCUCCAGAAUCGGGGCAGAUCUCCUGGCGGAUACGAUUAAAGUUGUGAUUGGAAUUAAAGCAGUUUCAAUUCAUGGUGAAAAGCCUAUGAAGGAAAGGAGAGAAAUAAUGCAAUCCUUCGCAGCGGGCGAGGUCACAGUGAUUGUGGCUACUGGAGUAUUGGGUAGGGGAGUUGAUCUGCUUGGUGUAAGACAGGUAAUUGUUUUCGACAUGCCUAAUUCCAUUGACGAGUAUGUUCAUAUGAUUGGAAGGGCAUCUAGGAUGGGAGAGGAAGGUCAAGCCAUAGUUUUUGUGAAUAGCUCGAAUAAGAAAGUUUUUUGUGAACUAAUUGGUGUUCUAAAAUCUGCUGGUGCACCUAUUCCUCGGGAGCUGCUCAAUUCACAUUAUACCGCAGCAUUUGUCUCUGGUAGCAAGUGUUCAAAGAAGAGAACGCAUAAAUGAAGUUUCUUGUUACUUGCUUAAUUCCGGCCCUAAUUUUGAUGUUUUUUUUUAUAUGAAUAAAUAAAUGGGGCUAAAGCCCUUCAUUUGAUGUUGUCAACUUAGAAAAUGAUACCAGAAAUUACAUGCAUAUUUACACCUUAAAAAGAUGAAGAUUUGGUGACUUGA